AUGGUGGAAUACGGUGUUCAAACUGACAACAAGUUCAAUUUUGACUUGGGAUCGGAUGAUGAGUUGGGUGAUCCAAGCGAGCUGCUCAAGCUAGGAGCUCAGGAGAAGAAAACUCCAGCCCAAAAGAAAGCUGAAAAGGAUGAAGCCAGAAAAGCGAAGGCUAAAGAGGAGGCUGCAAGGAAGGCUGCUGCCGCUACCGCUGCUGCUAACAAGGAGAAUCGUCCGACUGCUGCUGGAGAGCGUGGUGGACGGGGAAGGGGUCGCGGUGGACCUCGUGGAGCUCGUGGGGAUGGGCCACGCCCUCCCCGUGUUGAUCGUGGCGACCGUCCUCCCCGCCCCGAGCGACAAGAAGGUGAUUUUCCUAACAAAGAAGGACAUCAGGAAGGAGGAUUCCGUGGACGCGGCGGUCGCGGACGUGGAGGACCAUUCCGUGGUGGACGUGGCGGCGGUGCUCCGAGACCAGUCGGUGAUUCAAGCAACGCUGAUGAGCCUCACAAAGAAGUGACUGAUGAGAAUACGCCUCCAGCUUUCGAGGGCGAACGUUCUUUCCGUCCAAGAGGCGGCCGUGGGUUCGGUGGUGGUCGCGGAGGCAGAGGAGGUUUCCGUGGAUCCCGCGAGUUCGAUCGUCAAAGUGGCUCUGAUCGCAAGGAAGGAGAGAAGAAAGAAGGACAUGGACGUGGUAACUGGGGAACUCCAAAGGACGAACUUGCCGCCACUGAAGAGGGUGAAAAUGAAGAAGUCAAGGUCGAAGCCGAGGAAAAGCGAGAAAAGACCGCCGAAGAACUCGAGCAAGAGGCUUUGGAGGCUCUGCUUGCUUCUCAAAAGACACUCGCUGAGUACAAAGCUUCGCUCCAAAAAGAUGCGAACAAGUUCAACAUCAGAAAAGCCAAUGAGGGCGGACAAGACAAUUUUGGAAAGCUUGUGCCUUUGACCAAGAAAGAGCUUCAUGAAGAGGAGCAUCAACAGGUUUUGGUUGCGAAAGAAAGCAAGAAGAAGCUCGUUGACUUGGACAUUCGUUUUGCGGACCAAGGCCGUGGAGGAGGAGGCGAGCGCGCUGAACGUGGAGGUCGUGGUGGAAGAGGUGGAGGAGACCGUGGGCCAAGAGGAGGCAGAGGAGGAAAUUUUGGUGGCCGUGGAGGUGGAGCUCGUCCAUCUCGUGGUCACGAUGGUCACUUCAAAGCCGACUUGGCCAACGCCAACGAGUUUCCAUCCCUUGGU